UGAAACCACACGCUACAUACGUAAUAUAGAGAAAAGAGAAAGUUGAUUAAGCAUAUUCUUCACCAUUAAUCUCAAUCCUCUUUGUGACAAAAAAAAAAAAUCUCUAUCCUCUUUGUGUCAUCCAACCUCAUAUACUAGUGUUUACUGAUCUCAAUUUCCAGAUCCCCAAGAACACAACUCAACAAAAAGGCUCUCUCUUCUCUUUUCUUUUGAGGAAGAGAAAAGGGAAAAUAAGAAAAAGAGGAGAGAGAUGGGAAGAGGGAAGAUAGAGAUAAAGAAGAUAGAGAAUCGGACAGCGAGGCAAGUGACCUUUUCCAAGAGAAGAAGUGGUGUUAUCAAGAAAGCUCAUGAGCUCUCUGUUCUCUGCGAUGCUCACAUCGGUCUCAUCGUCUUCUCCGCCACUGGAAAGCUCUACCAGCACUGCACCGAACCCCUCACGAUGCCUCAGCUCAUUGACCGAUACUUGCAGACCAACGGAUUGCGACUCCCUGAUCCUAAUGACAACCGGGAGGAAUUCUGUCAUGAGAUAGAAGUACUAAGAAGAGAGACAUGUAAGCUUGAGCUCCGUCAGCGUCUAUACCGUGGACAUGGCCUAGCCUCCAUUCCUCCACACGAGCUCGAUGGACUAGAGCAACAGCUCGAACAUUCUGUGCUUAAAAUUCGUCAGCGUAAGAAUGAGUUGAUGCAACAACAGUUGGAGAAUCUAAGCAGAAAGAGGCGGAUGCUAGAAGAUGAUAACAACAAUAUGUACCGUUGGCUUCAUGGGCAUCGUGCCACGACUGAGUUUCAGCAAGGUGGGAUAGAGACCAAACCAGGGGAAUAUCAACAGUUUCUAGAGCAAGUUCAGUUCUAUAAUGAUCAGCAACAACAACCAAACAGUUUUCUUCAGCUUGCUACUCAUCCGUCCGAGAUUGAUCUCAAUUACCAUCUCCACCUUGCUCAGCCUAAUCUUCAAAACGAUCCAAUGGCCAAUAUCUGAUAAGUCCUCGACCAGAUUUACUCUUUCUUUAUGGAGACAAAUAAAUGAACAAUGAAGUAUCGUUUUCUGUCUUUUAUUACCUAUUUUAAUUAGCCAGUGCCUUUCUUCUUUGUGUAUGUUUGUGUUGACAUGGAACGUUUGUUUGAAUUGAGAAGAAUAAUAUGGUCUUGAUUAUAUGAUUAA